AGGAACAUGCACAGAAUUCGUUGAUGGGCCUAUAAACCAUGUUUGGAUGGAAUAUAAGUUCACAUGGGUAAAUAACGAAAAUAAAUACGUACACUGUUUUAAUGGAUCCGUACACAUAGGAGAGUGCUUAGAUAUUUUUGGAUUUGUUUGUCCUCUUAAUCCAGCGAGCACAGGUGUGUACAAAAUGUCUACGAAUGAAGAUUUAACGGGUGUGUACGUUGCCAUAAUAACAUCAAAUAGAAUAACGCCGGGAAACUACAGUUGUUCUAAAUUCAAUGGUGCAGGGAAAAUCACAAAAUGCGUACAAUACUCAGUUUCAACAACUUCUGCACCUACGACAGAUAUGACAACUCGAAAACCUGGAGGUUGGACCGAAGUAUGCAUUAGCGGGUUGGCCAUCGGAAUAUUCGGGGUGAUCAUUUGGGUAUUUGAUUGUAUCUACGUGGUAAUAUUAUUUAAGCGCGAUGGAUGCCAUGUACAAUGUCAAUAUGGAAAGCCUGCGUGUUACAGAAAUAAGGGAUGUCUCAAAGCGAUGCUUGUUUCUGGCUUGUUCUUCGUUGUUGCCGUCAUGUUAAUGCCUCAAAUUGAUGAACGAUGCGAAGAAGGAUGGUCCCACAUAAACCGUGCCGCCAAAGCUUUAUUAGUUUUAGGCGUCGUCACUCUUGUUGCGAUGAUUUAUUCAACAAUCAAAGCACAUUUGGUGGAUUUGCUGAAAGACCUACACCCUGGAUUGGUCUUCUCCGACAUAUCACACUUCAUGAGAUAUGCGGUAAAAGAUAUUGAACAACAUCUUCCAAACAAGUGCAAUGAAUAUCAAAAUGCAAAUAAGUGUUUGAUCGACAAAUUCCUGCUUGUUAUACCUGAAACAUGUGAGCUGGUUUUACCUAAAACUGGCGAAAUACGAAUCAGUGAAAUCAAGUCAACUUCAAGCGAAUCAGAACGUAAACAGGUUUCAUUAGAAGUUGUGGAGCAAAAUGGGUUUCAAAUGGACAAGGGUGGAAAUGAAGACCAUUACAAAGUGAACAUCUACAAAAUAAAGAUGGAUGAUCAAGAAUAUUUCAUCUAUGCCUAUGUACCAAAAGCUCUUACCGUCAUCUAUCAACUCUCACACAAACUACCCGGAAUGAUAAACGUUACCUUGGAGAAGCAGAGAUUCCAACAGUUAUACCAACAAAUACUGUAUGCGAAGGGAUGGAUAAAUAUUGUGAAAUUAUAUCAAUGCAAAGGCACUGCGGACGUUGCCCGAGCUUUGUUUGAUGCUGCUACUGAUAACAUGGACUCCGCCAAUAUAAAACAAAAAACGGCAACUGUAGACAACUACAAACGAGAUUAA